UGGCCAGGAACUCAACGGCUAUCAGCAAAAGAUCAUUCAUGGGCGCGGGCGCGCUCAAAACGUCAAGGGACAUCCUGGCUCUCUGGGGCUACCCGCACGAGCAGCACAAGGCCCUCACGGAGGACGGCUACAUCCUGAGCUUAGACCGCAUCCCCAACCCAGGGCGGCCACCGGUGUACAUGGCCACCCCGUACAUCGCCUCGGCCACCGUGUUCCUCAACCUGGGAAAGGGCCGCGCCCUGGGUUUCCUCCUCUUCGACGCGGGCUACGACGUGUGGAUGAUAAACCCCCGUGGCUCCGCCUACUCCACGCAGCACGUGCGCCUCGACGUGGACGACCCGGAGUACUGGAAGUUCGGCUUCCACGAGCACGCGGUGUACGACCACCCGGCGUGCGUCGACACCAUCCUGGCCAAGACGGGCUACAGGCAGGUCAUCUGGGCCGGCUUCUCCUUGGGCUCCUUGACGUUCCUGGCCAUGGCGGCCCUGCGGCCCGACUACGGCCAGAAGGUGUCGGCCGCCUUCCUCAUGGCCCCCUCAACGACUCAGUUCUACAACCCGGGCAUCUUCCUCUCCCUCAUCAAGACGGCCGUCAAAGCCGAGCCCCUGGUGGAGCGCCUCGAGUCAGUCGUGUUCCCCCACGCCCUCGUCCGCGGGUUCCAGCAGGUCGCCUGCCGCGGGGAGGCGCGCUGGAUCUGCAACAGGCUGUGGAUGACCCUCACCAGCAGCGCGCACGAGGAGGACUACAUUGGCAACACGUACUACUUUUCGGAGACCUUUCCCUCCGCGGGGUCCUUCCGCACCACGUGGCACAUAGCGCAGCUGGGAUGGGCGGAGAACGCGUUCCGGCCGUACAUCUUCCCCUCCACGGAGAAGAACCUGAGGCUCUACGGCCGAGCCGUGCCGCGCAACUACCCGCUCGAGAGGAUCACCACGCCAAUCUUCACGUACACCGGCGACAGCGACGUCCUCGUCCACCCAAAGGACUACCGCCUGGUGAGCCGCUCGGUCCGCAGCCUCGUGCGCCGCUGGAGACACCCCGACCCGCUGUUCUCGCACGCGGACUUCAUCUUCUCCCGGAGAUCGCUCGUCCUCUACAAGCAGAUACUCAGAGACAUGGCCGGCUUCUUUCAAUAAAUGGAAACUUCAA